UGCAGCUAUGCAAAUGCAGCAUAAUUUUUUUGUCCUUCAUUUUGUGAUCCUUCUAUGUUUAUAUCUCAGUAUCCACCAGUCUCUUGGAAUAGAUAUGAUCUCCGUAAAUCACUCCAUUUUUGGAAACCAAACUAUAAUCUCUUAAGGUGAAAACUUUGAGCUAGGAUGUUGAAAAAAUAUUAUCUUGGUAUAUGGUACAGGAACGUAAUUCCACAAACCGUAGUUUGGGUAGCAAACAGGGAGAAGCCACUUUCGUCUACUCAUAUGAUGUCCGCCGAUCGAGUUGACAGUUUUAGAUGGCAAUUUAGUGCUUAUUACUGAAUCCAAAAGCUUGUUUUGGUCCACAAAUUUCACCUCCACCAGCUCAAGUACUCUAGUAGCAACUCUUUCUGAUGAUGCUAAUUUGAUUUUUAGUGAUGGAUUAAACUCAACUCCUCCACUUUGGCAAAGCUUUGAUCACCUGACUGAUACAUGGUUGCCAAAUGCUAAAACGAAAUAUGACAAGCGUUCUAAUACUACAAAAAAAAAAAAUUAUUUCUUGGAAGAAUUCAGAGGAUCAGAGCAAUAGGCAGUUCCUCUUAAAGUGGAAUAGGACUGAAUUGUACUCAGCUACUGGACCUUGGAACGGGCGUUAUUUCAGUUUGAUGCCUGAAAUGAGUUUGAAUUCUCAGAGAUACAAUUUUAGUUAUGUUGAUAAUGAAAAUGAGAGCUAUUUUAUGUAUUCUGUAAGCAAUUCUCACAAAAUUAGAUUAACGCUAGAUGUCUCGGGGCAAAUCAGGCAUCUGAUUUGGGUGGAAAAUUUGAUGGAAUGGCAACUUUUUACAACUCAACCAAGACAACCUUGCGAGGUUUAUGCUAGUUGUGGUGCCUUUAGCAUUUGCAAUAAGGAGUCCGCGUCCUUUUGUAAUUGCUUGACCGGUUUCACACCUAGAUCUGAUGCAGAAUGGGACUUGAAUGAUCAUUCCGGUGGUUGUGUAAGGAGGUUAACCUUGCAGUGUGGUGCUGGUAAAACGAAGGGCGGUUUUUUGAGUAAUUCCAUGGUGACAUUACCUGAACAUUCUCAAACUGUUACGGCUUCUAGUGCUGAGGAAUGCCAUUCUAUUUGCUUGAAUGAUUGUUCCUGUAAUGCCUAUGCUUAUGAUACCAGUGUGUGUUCAAUUUGGAACGGUGAAUUGUGGAAACUCUCACCAGAAGAUGGGGGUGGAAGUGUAAUCUAUACCAGACUUAACGCCUUGGAUCAAGCACUCUGGUGAAGGUAAGUCAGGAAUUGUAUGCAAAUUGAAUAUUCUUCGAAUAAAUCUCAAGUUUCCUCUUUUAUGUCAUCAGCUGCGAAAUCAGGCCAAUUGGCCAUGAAGCUUAAAGUUAUCAUUUCUGCUGUGGUAGUCCUUGCAGUUGUAGCUUUAUGCAGCUUUAGUUACAUAUAUUAUAGGAGAAAGAUGGCAAAGAGAAAAGCAAACCAACAAAGCACAGAAGGGAAUCCAGUGCCACAUUGGACAGAAAGAGAAGCACAAAACUUUAUUUACGAAAAUGAUAAGCAAGAUAUCGCUGUUCCAUUCUUUCAUUUGGAAAAAAUUAUUAGCAGCCAUAGAUAAUUUCUCAGAUGCACAUAAGCUUGGACAAGGAGGAUUUGGUCCUGUUUAUAAGGUUAGAGUU